AUGAUGAUACAUUUAAAAAUGCUUUUCUCCCCUACUAUUACUACUACUACUACUACUACUACUACUACUACUACUACUACUACUACUACUACUACUACUACUACUACUACUACUACUACUACUACUACUACUACUACUACUACUACUACUACUACUACUACUACUACUACUACUACUACUACUACUACUACUACUACUACUACUAUCAUUAAUGUGGUGUAUGCCACUUGUGUCUGUCGAUAUAAGUAG